UGUACCAAGCUGGCCUUGAACACACAGAAAUCCACCUGCCUCUGCCUUCUGAGUGCUGGGAUUAAAGGUGUGGGCCACCACUACCCAGCUAAAUACUUUUUUUAAAGGUAAAGUCUUAAAAAAAUCUUGUAGCCCGAAUUGGCCUUCAAUUCAUGAUCUUGCCUUGACCAUGCUGGGAUUAUCAGCAUAUACUUCUAGACUUGACUGCCUAUCAGACGUUUUAUAAAAUGCUCCCAGAGAGUUCAUUUUAUGAUAUAUCCCUGUUAAAUACUAAAUAUUGUAAUUGUUCAGCUUUAGGAAAUACCUCUAACAAUAUUCUUUACCUUUGUUAUAUAGUUUUCCAGUCUUAAAAACUACAUAGUUUUAUGGACAUUUCUAAGAUAUAACUAAAGGUAGAAAAUGGCCAUGCACUGUAUUUUUAUAAUCCAUCAAGCAAAUGCAUUUUUGUCAGUUGUUACAAAUGACAUGUUAUAAAUUUAUUGUUAGGUGAACCUAAUGCACUUGAUUAAAAAAAAAAAAAACUUUAACAUUAAAUCUUGUCAUAAUUAACUACCAGGCCAAGCAGUGGUAGUGCAAGCCUUUAAUCCCAGCACUUGGGAGACAGAGGCAGGUGGGUCUCUGUGAGUUCAAGGCCAGCCGGGUCUACAAAUCGAGUUCCAGGAUAGCCAGAGUUGUUAAGCAGAGAAACCCUGUCUCCAAAACAAAACAACGCCCCCCCCAAAAAAAAAUUAUUUAACUGUCAGUUAUUCAUUUGAAUGUCCAGAGAUAAGGCAUUUGAGUUUUUCUUUUCUCAAUGUGGGAAAAUGUGUUAACUGCUUUUCUUGGUGGGUGCCAGAUAAUUUAGCUAUAUGAACCAGAUAUUCUGUAUUUCCCACCUAAACCUAUACCUACUCAGCCAGGGGGACCAAUAGAGUGUGUCAGUGCCAAGAUGGUUGGUUGUUUGUCUACCUUGAUGACCCAAGUCAAUUUUAAUUACUGUAUUGCCAAAUUUGUAUGCUUGAAAAUUAAUAAUAGCCAGCUUUCAGAGCUGAGGAUUAUUUAAGUAAACUGCUUACAUCAUAACUGGUUAAUUAGAAAGUAUUUUUAUAUGUUUAUUGUGAUUCCUCAGAUGAGCCUCUGGUUGGUUUUGUUUUGUAGCACUGGGAAUCAAAUCUAAGGUUUACACAUACCAAGCAAAUGCUACUGAGCGCCAUCCCCCACACUUUUUUUUUUUUAAAUAACUUUUAAAAUAUUUGAGAUUGGGUCUAACUAAUUUGCUCAGCUAUCCUUGAACUUGCUCUGUAGCCCAGGCAGGCUUGAAGCGUGUCCUGCCUCGGCCUCCUAAUUCAUCUUGUACCAACAGGUCUCACUCUUCAUUUUUCCAUCCUGUGUUAGAUAACCGAAACCUGUUUCCUGUAGUUUGUUAAUACCUUUUAAAUGAAAAUAUAUGUAAGUCCUUUUAAAAUCUUAAAAUUAAUAUAUGGUACUUAUCUUACAUUUAGGACUUUUUGAAAAUGGAAAGUUAUGAGGCAUGUAUAGGUUUUGAUCUCUGUGAGACACCCCUCUCCACUGUUGCUCAGAAGAUUAUGUGUGCUAUGCGUUCAGGUGAUUUCAUGGAUUCUAAGAAUGAGGGAGAGAGUACAAAGACUUCAAAAGUGACCAAAAAAUCCAGUGUUCAUUAUUCAGUAUUAGCUGACCAGGAGAGGACUCGAUCACUAGAAACAAAGAAUCCUAAGUCAUUGAUAACCCAGACACCAAGAGGAUCCAUCGGGUUCUUUCCUCAGCCCUCCAUUACUGAACUCACAAGUCAGCUUUCUGUUGGUCAAGUACACAACAGCAUCAGUUCUUCGGCUCUUUCCAGUUAUUUAAUUCCACAGUGUGAUCAGGACGCUCCAGUCUCACAGAAGAUGGAGCAUACAAGAAAGGAAAAUAUAGCUAAAGAAAAUGAGGAAAUCUUGAAUCUUAAAAGAAAAUUUAUUACAUGUAGUAAUUCCCCAGAAAAAGCAAGUAAACACAUAGCACUGGAAGAAGAUACUGAUGGGGCUGAAACCUGGCUAAACUCUGAAAACACAAGACUGUUUGGAAAACAGCUUUGUGAUGUUAGGUACUUAGAUGAUUUAGCAAAAGUACAGCUGAUGGAUGUGGUCAAGCAGGCAGAAGCUAUGGUUGUGACACUGAUGUAUGAGGAUGGUUCCACACAGCUCAGAACCAACCAGACUUUAACUUGUCCUGUUAAAGGAAUUGUAAUGUUACUAAAAAGCCAUGUAGACAGCAGCCCUCUGAUUUCCACAGCCCGAAAUAGUGCUCUGGGAGAGAACUCCACAUCCACAGAUCACUGUAUCUACAUACAUACUGAGCACUCCCCUUUCUGGAAUCCAAAGAAAGAGGCACAUAAUCUAUUUGUCAAGAACAUGCUGUUUUGGACACUUAGAUGCAAAUGCCCUGUUGUUUGUUUUAAUGCCAAGGACUUUGUGAGAACAGUACUACAGUUCUUUGGUGAAGAUGAUAGUUGGAAACAUGGUAAGCUACCAUUCUCAUUGUCUCUAAGAUUUGGAAAGCAUGUACCUGCUUCAGGGCCCCUGGCCUCACACUAUUUCUUCGCCUGCCAUGAUCAGGAAAAGGCACUUCCCUGGUGUGUUUGGUUUCUACUUGCUUUGGUGACUCAUGAAGCACAGUCACAAAUGGGCUUUGUUAUUAUGACCAGUCUGUAUGGCUACAGACACUGAAAAUUAAACUACAGCACAGAUAGCAGCAAACAAAGCAGGGCAUUUAUUACCUUUAAGGAAGUAGGAGUCAGCUAGACAUGGUGUAUGCCUUUAAUCCCAGUACUUGGUAAGCAGAGGCCAGCAGGUCUUUGAGUUCAAGGACAGCUUGUUUUACAAAGAAAGUUCCAGGACAGCCAGAGCUACAAAGAGAAACCCUGUCUCAGAAAAACCCAAAGAAAGAGAUAGUGUGGGGGAAAACCCUAAACAUGGCAAAAGCAUUUACUGUUGAUGUUGUAAUUUAAGAAAGGCAGCAUGUGAGAGGAUGACACCAUGGUGCCUGUUAAAGCAGAGGAGUUUUUAUUGGGAAAGGGACGGGGGAGACUGGCCUCCAGGGACAGGAGCAGCCCGAGAAAGGAAAGAGAGGCACAGAGAGAGCAGGGGUUGGGGGGUGAGCAGGCCUUUUUAAAAGGGAACAUAGUGAGUAUGCACAGGUGCUCUUAGUGGCUGCAGCUGAGGGCGAAUUCUGUCAGAAGCCCAAGGACAGGCCAGUACAGAUGCCUAAAUGCUAACAGUUGAGUCCUUGAGUUUUAACUGUAAAAUCUUUUCCAGGUAAUCUGUUUUGAAAUAUUGCUAAUAAAUUGUUGAGAAAAAUAUUAUAAUAAAUUUCUAACACACAAAAUUGCUCAUCACAACUUGACAAGGAUUUGACAUACAACUGAUUUUUUUCCUUCAUUUUUCAAAUGCUUCAUUUUUCAAGCCACUGACUCCUCAGUAUUUUGUAACAAAUCUCAAACAACGUAAGAUUAAGCUGUAAUAUUUCAAUUGUACGAUGAUCCCAGGUUCAAGGCAAUGCCAUCUACUCCCCCAGUAUGAGCAGUAAUCUUUUUGCAUUACUAGCUGUCCUGACAGUAUUCCA